AUGGUGGUGGGUGAAAAGCGCACGGCAAACAUAAUAGAUGGGAUAGGGAACACCGGUGACGUCAGACUCCACGAUCAUCGACUACGACUGAAGCAGAGAUUCGAUAUAGUAAGAAAAUUAGGCCAAGGUACAUAUGGAAAGGUACAACUGGGUAUUAACAAGAAGACCGGGCAAGAAGUGGCGAUCAAGACGAUAAAGAAAUGCAAGAUCGAAACUGAAGCGGACCUGAUACGCAUCAGACGAGAAGUGCAGAUAAUGUCCUCGGUCCGACAUCCGAACAUUGUACAUAUAUACGAAGUAUUUGAAAAUAGUGAAAAGAUGAUUUUAGUCAUGGAAUACUGUUCUGGAGGGGAACUGUAUGAUUACCUAAGUCAAAAGAAAGUAUUAGAAGAAGAUGAAGCUAGGAGAUUAUUUAGGCAGGUCGCAACUGCUGUGUAUUAUUGCCAUAUACAUAAAAUUUGUCAUAGGGAUUUAAAGUUAGAAAAUGUUUUACUCGAUGAUACUGGUAGUGCCAAGAUAGCGGACUUCGGUCUCUCAAAUGUGUUCAAAGAGACAUCGUUACUGUCGACCUUCUGUGGGUCGCCGCUGUACGCCUCGCCGGAAAUCGUCAAAGGAACGCCGUACAUCGGCCCUGAAGUGGACUGUUGGUCUCUAGGUGUUUUACUGUAUACCCUGGUGUAUGGUGCUAUGCCCUUUGACGGCUCAAAUUUUAAGCGGCUCGUUCGGCAAAUCAGUAACGGAGAUUAUUACGAACCCAAAAAUCCUUCCACUGCAUCACCCCUCAUUCGUGAUAUGCUAACAGUGGACCCUCUUAAACGUGCAGACAUCGUCUACAUUUGCGACCACCCUUGGGUGAACACUGGCUGUGAGACGUCAUGCUUAGAGAUGGCUGAGGCACUCGCUGCCGAGACUCCUGUACGACUCGAUCUUCUACUUUCACUAGCGCCAGCGGCGCCCUCUAACACCAACAGCGUCGUUGUACCGUCCGAGCAAGCAGAAAUGGGCGGUCCUGAAGAGAGCUGUACAGACCUCACAAGCUCUACGUCUAUGGCGGUCGAACCCAGCAACUCUGCUGAGAAAAGGAUAUUAGAACUUGUCGCAGAGGGAGGCGAGGACGCGAUAAAGCCCUCUCCGACCCGCACCAUAGUUUCGGCGGGUGACAACAAACGUAAACUGGAGCUCGCCAUGUCAGCUAGUGGCUUGCAGAGGAAAAAGGAGAGAGUUGCCAGCUCGGCCAGUAUAGCGGGUGCGCCUGCGCUGCCGGAAGAAGCAAGCGUACCGGAUGAUGAGCCGAUACCCGAACAACCGGAAUACAACGCUUGUGAGUCGCUUCAACCACCUCUAAAGUCGUCCGCGACGAUCACAAUAUCGCCGACGCCUGCUGCCGUAGAGCUGAGCAAAGUGCCAACAACAGAUAUCAAAGAUGUCCCGAAAGAUGAAGACGAACCCAAACAGACUAAGAGGGCACCUUCCAAGAUUAGCAUACCGCCUGAAAAACAAGAAGCGUCCAAGGUGGAAGAAACCAAACCGGCUGUAGCUGCGACCACUGACAAGCUUACUUCGCUGACAAUAUCGCAGCCGGCUACAACGCCAAACGCUGUCUCAAACACUGCAACUACACCCCAAAAACCAAAGAAAUUAUCUAUCGGUGGCCAUGUUGGAAGUUUCAAAGAGCAAUUCGAAAGGCGAGCAUCGCUAACAACUUCACCUGAGAUAAAACGCAACGUUUCAAAACCUGUGGUGUCCAAAAUCGCUAAACCGAAAUCGCAAAGUGAAGAUCGUGAACUGACCAAACCACUCGACAAUGGAACCGUACGUUUGCAACAGAUUGGCAUCGAACCUUCUCCAGCACCACAAGAAGAGAAAGAGCAGCAAACGCAAAUGAACCGUGGUGGGGUGAAGAAGACAGAGAGCGAACCCACUCAUAACAGCCACCCCGUUGACCCAUCAGUAUUGUUGCAGGACGCCAGAAGAAGUCUCCAAAGCUCAAUGGCAAAGUUGGCGGAAGAGAGAGCUGGUGAAGAGACUCGCCGCCGUGCCGCUAGAGACAUCAUAUCAUCUGCUAUAAGAACUGGCAAACCCCCAGUGCCAUAUGGAAGGUCGUCAUCAGCGGGCGUUGCGUCGUUGGUGUCGCCGCCUUCAACUCCUCCCGCAGUGCCUCCCGCCACUCCUAAGGUGUUCAAGACCGAAGCUCAUCAUCGCGUUGAAGAUCAUCGUAAUCGAGGCGUAUCAGUUGAACGUAUUAUACCGAUCAGUAUGGCGACAGAAGAUUCGCCUACGUCACCUAUUUCACCGCCGCCCGUUACUACGCCCACUUCGCACAAGCCCGCACCCCGAUCUACACAUACGCCUCUCAGACGGCUGGCGUCUACUGAAUCGACCGGUACAAGCGAACCGAGCCCCAGUACUGGCGAGCCGAUCAAGAAGUCUGCGCGCGAGUUUAUAAUCCCCAUUGCAGUGGAAGGCAAAGGAUACGUCACACCCAGGCAACGCAGCCUCGAACCUGACACCUCGCCGAGACCUCACGCGCAUCCACCUAGACUAACACCCAGACGCAUCAGCAGCCUCGUCAGUGGCGGAGAGUCCGAGGAAGAAGAUGAUUCACAUAUGCACAGAUUAAGAUCAAGUCGCUUGGCCCGGGCUGAAUCAGUAAGUUCCGGUGAAGAAGACGAGGAGGAUGAAGGUUUCCAUCUUCUGACGGCUGAGAAUCUCUUCUCCACUCUCCUACAUAGGGUUCGGGCGUUGACUCAGCGGCUGAACGGAGAGGAAGGUCCCGGUUUCUCACAACAUCCCCACUCACUUUUCAACAAUUUGCACUCGCCAUUCUUCAACAGCCCCCACUUACCUCGGAGGCAUUUCAUGCGCGAAGGUUGGGGUUCCCGUGACAUGCAAUCGCCCUUCGACUCGAUGUUCAACAAAUCGCGCCAGCAGAUGCCGCGCGGGACGGGGCAGCAGGAUGCGGUAGUGAGGUUGUGUUGGUGUGGUUGCAGUUGGGUUGCGCGUUACACUGCAUGCUCCGACCAAAUCUACACACCACAGCGGCACCAGCGCCAACCACAAACCCGCCACAAACGACACACAAGAAUAGGUAAUAGUAAGAAAAGCAAACAGCGGGCCGCCGAGAGCAAGGAGGCGAAGGACGCGAAUGCGGCGAGCGGGCUCGACUUGUCAGAUCUAGACUUGAGCUCGAUACAGUUUUCCGAGCAAGAGAUGCGUGCGCUGUCCGGGCUGACACCGGCGUUAUCGCGUCGCCUGCAGCAACAACUGCUCGAGCACCUACCACCGCACGCCGCCCGCACUUUGCGCCGUACACUAUCACUCACGAAUCCACAGAGCGCGGCUCGCGUCUGCCAUCGCACCCAAUCCGCUAACGACGCUCUCGAAACAGAAAAUAAAUUAAACACAGAAGAACCGACCCAAAGAGAUAGCGUCCGAGAAGAAUCUACACCAGAAACUUAUUCCGAAACCAUAGAGAAGACUAAACCGGAAAUCGAUAACGAUAUCCCGCAAGCUUCUGCAUCACAAUUCUGCACGCUACCGCGUCUAAGGCGACGGUCUAGUGCAACACGAGAUAUUACCUCUCCUUCAUCGCCGUUGGCAGAUUUAGAUUCAAUGAAAAUGGGGAGUGCUUCGCGAGAAUUGAGUACAUCAAGAUCCGGCACUAGCAACACUCCUGAAAGGCCGUUGUUGAGCAAGUAUUUAUCAGAUAGAACGGCAUCGUUAGAUGAGACGUAUUCAUCAGAUGCGGGUAGUUUACUUACAGAGCCAAGCUAUAUAGCAGCAUAUGGCUCCCCUAAUUACGGAAGUUCAUCGAACCAAGGUUUUCGACGACAUUCUUUACGACUAUCAGGAGAUCAACCGAAAAAGCGUAUUUCUAGAUUCUUAAGAUCAGAUUUCUUUGAAUCUUCUCCUGAUGAAAAUAUUUAUGCUAAACAUAAAAAAGAAAAGGAAUUAGAAACCCAAAAAAUACUGAAAGAGAUUCGGGAAAAGAGAAAUCGAAUUGUGGACAUCUCUGCUAAACACGCGAGUGAUACUAAUGAAGGGCAGACAAACUUAGAGGAAGACGCUUCUGUACGUAAAUGCUUGUCACCGACAAGCGUUUUAUUAAUUGGAAAAGAUCGUAGCCGGUCUACUACACCUUUCUUUCCUAGUUUGGAUAACAUUAAAGAAAAUACUAGUGAUUCUCCAUUUUCUCUAUCUAAUAGAAACACAAAAAAAGCUUUAGAUGAAAAUCUCACUAUUAAAGAAUCAAAAAUUGUUAGACCAAAAAGUUAUCCCGCUAAGAAUAUAAACACGUAUGAAGAUUCUAACAAAGAAGUUAUAUCUGAUAAGUUAAAAAACAAAGAAAGUGAUACUAACAAACAAUUUCAGCGUGAAUCGAAGCUACUACGACCAAAAAGUUACCCUCAUAGUACUAAUUCUACAGACAAGACUUACACGAGUCGUAGUGCUAACAAAGACGAAUGUCAGAUUUCCACACAAUCAGAAAUGAAUUCUCCACCGAGUCCAGAAACCAAAACUGAUGUCGAAGUCAGUUUUAACAUCAAGUUACCGAAGAAACCAAAUGUUGUUCUGUUAACAAAUUCAGAUGUUCAAGAAAACGGAAAUCAUACACAUAAUACUGAUGAUUCUAAAAUGACUACAGAAACUACUGGAUCGAGUCUUGUUUUGAAGAAAUACAAGGUAUUAAAUUCGUCUGAAAAAGAAGUUACACAAAAGAAAGAACCCAAUCAACAUAGCAAAAAUGAUUUAGAUAAUAAUGUACUGCGAAAAAGUGAUACAAAUGAUAUGAAGAAUAACAUUCCUAGUAAUAAUGGUAUAAAAUCAGAUGACAAGAAACUAAAAAAUGGAGAAGCUGAACAAAAAGAGAAGAAGAUAGUUAAAAAGAAAGUUAUCAAAAAAGUAUCGACAAAAUCAAAGACUGAUUUAGGAAGUAGUCAAGAUGCUAGUAAUUCAAAAUCCUUACUUGACAAGAAAAAAGUAGCAAAGAAAACGAAAGAAAAGUCUCCUGAAGAUGAUUGUAAAAUAGCAAAUGUUGUAAAGAAAAGAUCGGUUUUACAGUCAAUAGGUCAGAAGUUAGAAAAAUUAACAUCAUCGAAGUCUAGUUCACCGGAAAAAGCAACAAACAAUCAUUUAGGAAAUGAGAAAUUGAAACAAUCGUCUAAGUUAAAUAGAACACAGAGGGAACAUUCUGUUCCCGUUGAUCCUCCAACUGAGUCAAACCUUAUUAAAAGAGCAGUUACUGUAACAGACGUUGCUGCUCUAGAAAAUCAAACGACCGUGCAAAACAAAACAACGGUAUCAAAAGUUUUAGGUCUGUUUAAAAAAUUCGAACCAAAAGAUAAAACGGUUAAAUCUAAUCCAGAUAAACAGCAGAGCGAUAAUUUAGAAAAAAAUGCCAAGGAAAAUCAAAACUAUGAUUAUGAAAAUGAUCUCGACCUAGGAGAAACAAAACCUAGGAGGCCUUCAUCUUUGUUAUUGAACGGCCUCAGCCGGAAAAACAAAUACAAUAAAUCCAACAGUGACAGCGUCUCUGUCGCCUUAGAUAAUCACGAAAAGCCUUUAAAGUCAGACGAAGUGAAGAAUACACGAAACUCACUAAGACUAGAUUUUUCAAAACUUCCGCGAGUUAAGAAAAUAGUUCCUUCAAAUCCUGUGAUAGAGCCUCAAAUCAUAGAUACCUCUAUGGACAGAGAUUUUAAAAAGCAAGAAUCAAAUGGUGUUAGAACUGAUGGAUCUGCAAAGUUAGAGUUGAGCGAUACUAUAAGUAGAAGUAGGUCUAGAAGUAGAUCAAUAUACUCUAAUUCUGAUGUAAAGUCAGAUCACAGUGGCGAAAGCAGAGACAAGAAUCCUCUAUCUCCGAGUAGCCUUUAUCCAAUACGUCACGAAUCUACCACACCCGAAAAAGAAGACGUAGGAGACAGGAUUCGCAGAAAAAGCUUUUACUCUAGGUUUAACGAGAAAAAACAAAGAAGAAAGAGUAGCUUAGUAGGGCCCGGGGCGACAGAAUAUGACCCUGUUGCUCGAAUAUAUUCACAAUCGACCGAAACCAAGUAUGACGUCUCACCUACCUCGCCUAGCACUUACGACUUGUCGCCGGGUUAUUCUGUUGCCUCGGAUUUAUCUCCCUCUACUGAACGAUAUCGGUCCCUCCUCGCAGAUCUACCGCUAAGUAGAAAUAGCGUACGGUACGACGGCGCGAAUGAGACUUACAGGUCUCUCGAUAGAAACGAUCUGAGAAAAUAUUCUGGAACUCGAAGUUAUCUCGAUUACGAUCAGCCUGUUUACGGACAACACAGAUAUUCAAGGACAAAGUCACUGCUAGAUAGCUCGGACGGUGCAGAAAACCUCAGCCUCAGUCUAUUAAAAGAACCGCAAAAGUAUAAUAGAGCUAACUUCCUAUAUACACCUGGGAGUUAUGCGACGUAUCGACCGAAGAGAACACAACGCAAUCCUGCGCUGAUACUGAAAGAGAGCGAAAAAGAACCGAGCCCCGAGAAUAUACUUGACAAAAUUCGACAAAGGAAAUAUUCGAUCAGUGUGACUAGAAAGCCCGAUCUCGACAAGGAACCGACUCCAAGACCCACUGGCUCACCUCAAAGCAAAGGCGACAGUUCAGAAUGCUCUUCGAAAGGUGACUGA